AUGACUUCCACGCUGCCCUUGCACAUGUACAUCCGUCCCUUGAUCUCCGAAGACGCGCAAAGCGUCUCAGAGCUCGAGACCAAGGGUUUCCCACCGGAAGAGCGUGCUUCGCCCGAAAACAUCCAAUUUCGACUUGCAGUGUGUCCGGAACUGUGUUCCGGACUAUUCAUCCGCGACGUCGAGGGAGGCGAGGUCAAGGGCGAGAAACUGAUAGGCCACAUGCUUGGAACCAAGAUCCCCGAGUCGACAGACGCCAGCAAGCCCGCGUUCAUCACGCGCGCAGCCAUGGGCAAAGUGCACGACGAAUCCUCGACAACGGUCGGGAUUCACUCGGUCGUGAUCGCCCCAGAGUACCAGAAGAAAAACCUCGCCACCUUGCUGCUGACAGACUACAUCCAGAAGCUCAGUAACCAGGAAGUGGGCCAGCGAAUCGUGAUCAUUGCGCAUGAGCCCUUGGUCCCCUUCUACGAACGCAUUGGAUUCCAAGUCGUGGGCGAGAACGAGGACGUGUCCCAGGACCCUGCCUUCGGUAAGUCCAAAUGGUGCGACAUGGUGCGUGAAUUGGUCAAGGAAGAAUACGACAAUUGA